GAACCGUGUACUUGAAAGGUUCCAUCAUCUCCAUCAAAGCUCUUCACAACCCCAUUCUCAGAAUUGAAACCUAGAGUGAGAAUGAAGAACAGAAAGAGGUCUCAUGCUUCUAGUGAGGAUGUCGGGGCUACUGAGGAUAGACACCGGCGGUUACAUGCUUCUAGCCGGCGCGGCGAUCAUGCUGCAACCUCUCAGGCGGUGGAGGCUUCAGCUCCAGUUGUUUCUCCGCCGUCUCCCAUGAUUGAGGUUCCUCUGGUUGAUUAUCCGCCGUCUCCCACGGUUGAGAUACCUACAGUUGUUUCUCCGCCCUCUCCCAUGGUUGAGUCAUCAGGCGAGGAGUCCUCAGGCGAGGAGUCUUCCGGCGAGGAGUCAUCAGGCGAGGCCUCAUCCGGCAUGGGAGGAUCUGACGAGGAUAGUAUUCCUCCGCCUACUGUUGAUGCUGAUGUCCUGCCGCCAGAGCAGGGGGAGCAUGGGGCACAGGGUGGCGAGGAGGACCUGAUCCAGAGGUUGCCGCCGUUUCCGGGGGGGCCUGUUGAGCUAUCGCUCCUCACCCAUUAUGCUGAUCACAAGGCUCCCUGGGCGUGGCAUGCACUCCUACGCACAGACGAGCGGUAUGUGGACCGUCGACAGUUGAAGGUGGCCACAGCUGGGGGAAGGUUUGGAACCUUGCUUGUGAUGGUGAUUCAGACAGUCACAGGCGGGUUCGAGAGUUGAUUGAGCAGACGGGUCUUCAUCAGCUACCAUAUUGCAGCUACCCGGUGACAGAUGCAGGCCUUAUUUUGGCCCUUGUGGAGCGAUGGCAUGAGGAGACUAGUAGCUUCCACAUGCCGUUCGGGGAGAUGACUAUCACCUUGGACGACGUGUCGGCUCUUCUCCAUCUCCCCAUGGGGUCGAGGUUCUAUACGCCUGGGAGGGGGGAGAGGGACGAGUGUGCAGCGCUCUGUGCUCAGUUGAUGGGAGGAUCUGUUGGUAUUUAUGAGGCUGAGUUUGAUACGAAUAGGUCCCAGACUAUUCGC